GGAAUCCUCCUGUCUCUGUCUCCCCAGUACUGGCAUCACAAGUGUGCCAGCUUUUUUGACAUGGGAGAUCAAACUCCUGUCUUCAUGAUUAUACGACAUGAGCUAUCUCCCCAGCCCUUCAACAUGUCUUCUUAGGAGAUUUUUCCACAUGUAACAGUCUAGCCUCUGGGUCUCCAGAAUUCAUGUCACUGUCAUGCACAGAAAAGGAUUCUCUUAAUCGCAGUUCUCUCCACACAUUAACCCACGCCAGCAUCAACUCCCAGCCCUACCAGAGGUGUAUCAAACUAUACCUUGGACUUUCUUGUGCUCCUGCCCAGAGCUCUCCUGAAGAUCUCUGACCUAAUGUUCUCAGCAUGAGCGGCAUCAAAGCAGCCUUGCCCUCUUUUUGAUAGGAAGGCUUUGGUAAAGGCGGGGAGAUUGCCUUUCUCUCAAAGCUGGCGGGGCUGGGCAGACAUCUCUGAUGGAUCGCCUUACCUCAUGCCUCUAGGUACGUGAACACACUCCUGAAACUCAUUCCACUGGUGCUGGGACUGCAGGAACAACUGCGGCAGGCAGUGCAGAAUGGGGACAUGGAGACCUCCCAUGGCAUCUGCCGUAUUGCUGUGGCCCUGGGCGAGAACCACUCUCGGGCCUUGCUAGACCAAGUAGAGCACUGGCAGAGCUUCCUGGCACUCGUCAACAUGAUCAUGUUCUGCACGGGCAUCCCUGGCCAUUAUCCUGUCAACGAGACCACCAGCUCCCUCACUCUCACUUUCUGGUACACGCUGCAGGAUGACAUUCUGUCCUUUGAGGCAGAGAAGCAGGCUGUGUACCAGCAGGUAUACCGGCCAGUCUACUUCCAGCUGGUGGACGUGCUUCUGCACAAGGCCCAGUUCCCUUCUGAUGAAGAGUAUGGAUUCUGGUCCUCAGAUGAAAAGGAGCAGUUCCGAAUCUACAGGGUGGACAUCUCAGACACACUCAUGUAUGUCUAUGAGAUGCUGGGGGCUGAGCUGCUUAGCAACCUCUAUGAUAAGCUGGGCCGUUUGCUCACCAGCUCAGAGGAGCCCUACUCCUGGCAGCACACAGAAGCCCUGCUCUAUGGCUUCCAGUCCAUCGCAGAGACCAUCGAUGUCAACUACUCUGAUGUGGUACCCGGGCUCAUUGGCCUCAUCCCACGGAUCAGCAUCAGCAACGUGCAGCUGGCAGAUACCGUCAUGUUCACCAUUGGAGCUCUGUCUGAAUGGCUGGCUGACCACCCUGUCAUGAUCAACAGCGUUCUGCCCCUUGUGCUGCAUGCCCUAGGCAAUCCCGAGCUGUCUGUGUCAUCUGUGUCGACCCUCAAAAAGAUCUGCCGAGAGUGCAAGUAUGACCUGCCGCCCUAUGCUGCCAACAUUGUAGCUGUCUCCCAGGAUGUGCUGAUGAAGCAGAUUCACAAGACAAGCCAGUGCAUGUGGCUGAUGCAGGCCCUGGGCUUCCUGCUGUCAGCCCUGCAGGUGGAGGAGAUCCUGAAGAACCUGCACUCACUCAUCUCUCCCUACAUCCAACAGCUGGAGAAGCUGGCAGAAGAGAUACCUAAUCCCUCCAACAAGCUGGCCAUUGUCCACAUCUUGGGGCUUCUUUCCAACCUCUUUACCACAUUGGACGUCAGUCACCAUGAGGAUGAUCAUGAAGGCCCUGAACUCCGGAAAUUGCCAGUGCCACAGGGACCCAACCCGGUGGUGGUUGUGCUGCAGCAGGUCUUCCAGCUCAUCCAGAAGGUGCUGAGCAAGUGGCUGAAUGAUGCCCAGGUGGUUGAGGCGGUUUGCGCCAUCUUUGAGAAGUCUGUUAAGACACUGUUGGAUGACUUUGCCCCCAUGGUGCCGCAGCUCUGUGAGAUGCUGGGUCGGAUGUACAGUACCGUUCCCCAGGCCUCUGCUCUUGACCUCACCCGGCAGCUGGUCCACAUCUUUGCCCAUGAGCCUGCCCACUUUCCCCCAAUAGAGGCCCUCUUCCUGCUGGUGACUUCCGUCACACUCAGUCUCUUCCAGCAAGGGCCCAGGGAUCAUCCUGAUAUUGUUGAUUCAUUUAUGCAACUCCUGGCACAGGCUUUGAAGCGGAAGCCAGAUUUGUUCCUGUGUGAGCGAUUGGAUGUCAAAGCUGUGUUCCAGUGUGCUGUGCUGGCCCUCAAGUUCCCUGAGGCACCUACUGUCAAGGCCUCCUGUGGCUUCUUUACUGAGCUGCUGCCUCGAUGUGGGGAAAUAGAGUCUGUGGGAAAAGUGGUACAGGAAGAUGGCCGUAUGCUGCUCAUAGCAGUGCUGGAGGCCAUCGGGGGCCAGGCCUCCCGUAGCCUCAUGGACUGUUUUGCCGACAUCCUGUUCGCCCUGAACAAACACUGCUUCAGCCUCCUGAGCAUGUGGAUCAAGGAGGCUCUGCAGCCACCUGGUUUUCCAUCUGCCCGUCUCAGCCCUGAGCAGAAGGACACCUUUAGCCAGCAGAUACUCCGUGAGCGAGUAAACAAGAGACGGGUGAAGGAGAUGGUGAAGGAAUUUACACUGCUGUGCCGGGGGCUACAUGGCACAGACUACACAGCUGACUACUGAGGGACAUGCAUGUCCCACCUCACCCUUCUUACCCCUUCCUGUUCCCAAAGAGUAAACCUGGACUCUUACUGCCGCCUCUGCCUCCUUUCUCCGUCCUCCAUCACCUACACGGACCCAGGCCUGACGGAAGAAUGGAAGGAUGCUCAGACCCAGGCCUUGGUUAGAAUAGUGGGGACAUAGGGAGAAUGUGGUAGCAAAUGCCUUUAAUCUCAGCCCUUGGGAGACAAAGGCCAGCGGAC